AACACUGGCUUCAAUCAAUGCCGCUAGCUAGCAUAGCUGGGGACGAGCUAGCUAUUUAGCUGUUUAUGUACGUAUUUGUUGUUUCUUGUGUUUUAACUGUCUUUGGCAUGUCUCACAUGUUAUUGAUGAAUGUCUACGGUGUGAGUGAGCGAGGGAGGAGGGUUUAAGUCCGUGUUUUUGUGGUUGGGUUGACACUGAAGGAGAUGAUGUGCAAUGGAAUGAUAAAGCCAGUAUCAAAAACCUUUUUGGUCCAGACUUCAGCUGUCAAACUGUCCUUCUUCCAGUUGAUGUUAUUGGCUCUACUGUCCACUGGACACGGUUUAGGAUGUGUGAGGCCGUACAUGGUCCAAAACAGCUGGGUAAACCUCACAGAGACAAACAGGGGCUUGUUCCCUGUCGGUGCAAUAUUGCAGUAUAGCUGUGAUCCUGGUUACCUGCCAGAUGGACCCAGCAUCCUCACCUGCACCACUCUGGGACGCUGGUCCUCUGAGCCACCUCGCUGCAUACGCAGUGGUGCAUGUCUACCCCUGUCCGAACCAGAGAACGGUGGCUUCACCUGUCAACCCCACUCCCCCUGUCUGAAUGUUUGCGCACGGCCUGUCAUUGAAUUCUUCUGUAAUGAGGGCUUCAUACUGAAAGGAGACUACAACUACCUGACCUGUCAGGAGGGACAGUGGGAUGGGCCGACGCAGAUUCAGUUGUGUCAGCCAGGAUGUGUGAGGCCUUUCAUGGUGCAACACGGCUCAACUAACCUGACAGAGACCAACAGGGGUUCUUUCCCUGUGGACACAGUUCUGCAGUACAGGUGUGACCCCGGUUACUUAGCAGACGGACCCACCAUCCUGAUCUGCACAUCACUGGGACACUGGUCAUCUGAACCACCUCGCUGCAUACGCAGUGACGUAUGCCAGCCUCCAUAUCAGCCACAGAACGGCGGCUACACCUGCCAUCCAGAUCCAUGCCGCCCACUUUCUCAUGGCACCGUGGUUGAGUAUUUCUGCAAUGAAGGCUUCAUUCUAAAGGGAGACUAUAAAUACCUGACUUGUCAGUACGGCGAGUGGGACAGUUUGAUGCAGAUCAGCUGCAUCAUGGAGCAAGACCGUAAUCCAACUUUACCAUUGGGGAUGCCCGCCUUGUCAAUUGUGGCAACAACAGCCAGCUCGGUAGCCCUCAUCCUGCUCCUGGUGGUGCUGUUUGUUCUUCUGCAGCCAAAACUCAAGUCCUUCCAUCGCCGUGAUCAGACGGUGUCCGGCCAGCCGGUGUCCAUCAUGGUUGAAGGGGUCCAGGUGACUCUGCCCUCUUACGAGGAGGCUGUGGGCGGCGGGAGUUUGGUGGCAGCUCCCAGCUCAGAGUCUCGUGUCCAGGUAGUGCUGUCUGAGGGUCAGCACGCCACAGCGCCAGAGGCUGGACCUCGGCCUUCCUCCCUCAAACACCAGCACUCAGAAACUGCUGUAGUUCACCCUGUGCCCACCAUCCUUGUCCUCCCUCAUCACCCUCCCCCUCAUCCUCCAGCUGGGUUUCUGGAGCAUAAGGGUGCUGCAGCUGCUCAGCCAUCAGAGAGAAGGUCCUCAGCAGGCAGCGACCAGCACUGCCUGACCCUGCUCGACUCUGAGAUGGAGUACUCCGACGAUAUGCCAUUACUUAAGGAGGCUUGAGCCGCGCUGCAGCCUUUGGAUUAACUGGAGACCCACCGGCAUUGUUACUGACCAUUCAUGGUUAGCAGGACGCCUUCAGGUCACCGCAGACGAGCCCAAAUAAAGAGGCGCUGAGUGAAGAUGUAAGUCACUCAGUGGAGUUCCUCUGACCGUUCCAAAGGAGAACAGAAAUUCAUGUGUACAUACAUGCUGGCAUUUUUAUGGGAAUUCUUCCACCAUGUCUGUGUAACGUACAUCAAAUUUUUAAGUGUUAAAAAAAUGUAACAGAAACAUGCACAUCUGAAAGAAUGUGUCUUAGGGGUUGUUGAGUUAAAAAAAAAAUCAUGUAAUGAUCAAUCCAGCAUGCUUAUGUUGGAGCUCCUGAUCUCCUCACGGUGUUGUACUUCAUCACAUAUGGCUUUGUUAAGACACAUUAGCAAAACCCCACGCCAGUCAAGUCCUGCCCACUUAAAUCUUUUUCCCCUGUCGUUUUUAACACAGUAUGUCAUCCACAUCACUCAGUAAGGCUGUUUGUCAACGUAUAAUUUGAUUGUUGGAUCCUUAUUGGCUCGCAGGCUCGCAACCUAUCGUUUGGACCUCGCGCUCGCCAAAUUCCAUCUUUUCAAAGAAUUGCUUCUCCAGCUGUAUUCUUGUCAUGCCCUUACCCCAAUGGCCUUAGCUUUCCACUUCUAUGCACACAUAUCUACAGUAUGUAAAAUAAGCAAUUUUAAAAGUGAAUGUCGGUUUGAUGCCUCCACUGCUUAAUGACAUUAUGUGUGGCUUUGUCAGUCACUCUCACCUGAAAAUAUUAUACUCUUAUUCAGGCUGCUUGGGAAUUUCCUGUUUUAAGUCUAGAUGGGAGAAUUAAACUUAAACUGCAUAUUUAAUUUAUUUGUGUCCACAGUGCUGUUGAUCAGCCACUGCUUCUUUUGUUCCUCCCACACUUCUUGGGAUCUGUACAAAGGAGAAAACAAAUCUUUUCACUUUGCUGCUUCUGUUUGAAUCCUGCUGGCACAUUUUAUGUGACACUAAAUGUUGUUGGGUAAAUCCGACUUGAAAAUAGUUCAUGUACAGCUUAGUGUUACAUCAGUGUUCACUUUAUUUGAGUAUUCUUUUUGUCUGAACUGAGGUUUUUUUUUUUUGUGAAAAUAGUAUUUUAAUAUAUGUGAUACUUUUAAGUUAAAUUGACUGUAUAUACCAUAUGCUAAUUUUGAUUAAAUAUUAUUUGAGGUGU